AUGCCAGGGGUAACCAAGUACAAUUUAGUGGAUGACGCGCAGGAUUUGAGGAUCCCCAUGCACAACGACGAGGUGUUCAAACAUGGGGUCUGCUUCGAGGCAAAGUACAUUGGCAGUUUGGAGGUGGGUCGCCCCGGCAGCCGAAUGGAGAUAGUCGCUGCAAUGAGGAGAAUCCGAUAUGAAUUCAAACUGAAGAACAUCAAGAAAAAGAAGGUCAACAUUGUCGUCUCCACUGAUUGCAUCAAAGUGAUUCUGCGCAAAAAGAAGAAGAGGAAAGGCUGGUCGUGGGAUGAGAACACCGUCCUGGUGACGCAGGAUCCCAUCUACAGGAUCUUCUAUGUCUCUCAUGACGCCCAAGACUUGAAGAUCUUCAGCUACAUCGCCAGAGAUGGACAGAGCAACGUUUUCCGCUGCAAUGUGUUCAAGUCAAAGAGGAAAUCUCAGGCCAUGAGGAUCGUGCGGACGGUGGGUCAGGCCUUCGAUGUGUGUCACCAGCUGACCCUGCAGCAGAAAAGCGAUGACCAGGAGGAUGAGGAGGGGAAGGCGGAGGAGUCAGAGGCAGUGCCAGCAAAGAAGAGGUUUGCAAUGUCAGAGGAAACUGACCUUGAAGCCACAACAGAGGAGAGCAUUGAGUGCGUCUCUUCAUCAGACCUGGAGAAGAGCAAAAAGGACGAGGCCCUCGCUAACGAUGGCAAGGUGUCCAAUGACCCAUCUCUCCUGCUGAGCUCCCCCAGCCUCGGAGCCUCUGUGUCGGGUCAGUUGGCAUCAGAGGCCCCCUGCUCUGAAGAGCACCAGGUCCAGCUCCUCCAGAAACAACUGCAGCAGCAGGAACAACAGGCGCUGGCAGCUUCAGCACAGGUCCAUGUGCUCCAGGAGCAGCUGUCGGUGGAGGUGUGUGCGCGGACUGAUGCCCAGGCCAGAGUGCAGAGGCUGCUGCAGCAGAACACCGACCUGCUGCAGCACAUUUCCCUGCUGGUCAAACAGAUCCAGGAGCUGGAGCUCAAAGCUGCUGGCCAGUUAACAUCCAUGGGCUCCCAGGACAGUCUCCUGGAGAUCACGUUCCGCGCCAAGCCCCCCAGCAUGGCCCGUGAGCCCCUCACCACUUCCUCAUCUACGGGCGCUUUAGCAGCUCACACCCUGCUCCCGAUUAGUGACGCCGCCUGGGUCUCCGCCCUCCCCGGGCCCUGCUCUCCAGGCACCGUGGGCACCGACACCAGCCCCCUGGGGCUCGGCGGCAAUGCAGUCCGGCUCGAGUGCUUCCGCUUCUCCUCCCGGGGGCCGGAGGGCCAGGAGCAGGGCCAGGACACAGGGGAGACUCCCAGCGACGGUGCCCCGGAUGAAGGCUCGCUGCUGGGGGAGCAGGUCCUGGGAGCCCUGGAGCUGCUCCGGUUCAGGGAGUCGGGGAUCGGCUCGGAGUACGAAUCAAACACAGAUGAGAGCGACGACCGGGACAGCUGGGGGCACGGGGAGGCAGUGGGGGCUGACGGUGCCGCUCGACUCUUAAACGUGCUGAAUGCGGAGAAUCUGCCGGACUGCUUAGGGGACGAGAUGGCUGUGUAG